AUGUCGACUGUAGAGGAUAGAUGGGUGGAAUAUAAGCACCAGGAGAAGAAAGUCCUCCUGAAAAUGUGUGAGGAGUUAAACAUCGACAUCAUAUGGAAGGCUUGGAAAGACGAUAUCAUUCGGACCAUUAUAGACGUGCAAGAUAAACUCAAGAACUACGAUCGCACAAUGAACAGAGCUGGAUUCAUAACUGUGACACAGUUUGUCACGGGAUAUGAAAGCCUGGAACCAGUGUCAACAUCCAACACCCGCAGUGUGAGAGCGGAGCGAUAUGGGCUGUUUAUGAAGAACGACCUCAUAAAACGAUGCAGAGACCUGAAUGUCAUUAUGGGCUGGAGAUCAAGCAGAGACGACAUCAUAAAAGCUAUAUUGAACGCGGAAGACGAAGCAGGCAACAGUGUAUACAUAGUUGGGCAAAUAAGGUCUACAUCUGAGCCAACAAACCUUCCUGGAGACCAGCCUAUGGACAGACAAUACAAGUAUUAUAAAGAGAAAAGCAGAAGAUAUCUCAAGCGCCGUUGCAAAGUAUUCGGAAUCCCCAGGUCCAAGAGAAGGCCCACUUCGCAACUUACCCGCAACGUCAUGGAAGUGGAAGGCAAAGCCUCUGGGAUGCAAAAAAUCAAACAUGUUUACAUCCCUCAAGGCCCAUAUGCGCCCCUGAUGCCGUCUACCAAGUUAAUCCCAACGCCAGCAACCAUGCAAACUAACCGGGCAUCCACGCGAAACAUCAGCUCCUGGCCAAGCCCUCACCAGCAUCCACGCCAUGCAGACAUCACAGUGUUAUACCCCGUUCCAACGCACAAUCUAAUCGCAGACAACGGCCUCCCCAUUACCACGACGACGCCGCUAAACCCCGUCUACGAGCGGUACCGAGACCAAACCCAGAUGCCAAUCGAGCUCUCGUAUGAGCCCCUCUACCGCACGGCACGCAUGGAAGAAGCCGCCGCGAUAUACAACGAGAUGUCCCUUACCCAGCUUCAAGACAUCGUGCGAGCCCGCGGAUACACCCGCGGCAUCGAACAGAAUUCCGGCACGAAAUUAGACUGCAUCGAUAUCCUCCUCGACGACGACCGAAAACAGGGGUUCCUCCCCACAGCCCCCGCUCCCGUCUACUCGGUGCAACCCGGCCUGCUAGCGGCAUUGAACCCCGCGCCGGGGAUCUUCAUCCGCGUACCAACGGUGAUGCAAGUUGACGCCCUGAGCAUCCUUCUGACGUCGCAGCUGGAGCCGGAGGAAUUCCAGUUGGAGAGAGAGGAGUUCUAUGAGGAGUUUACGCUGGCGGAGAUGGAGAAGGAGGUCUUGGCGAGGAGGGUCAUGUAUGUGCCGAAUGUGAGGAGACAGUUGGUGAGGAGUGAUAUGAGGAUGUUUGAGAGGGUGAGGAGGUGGAAGACGGGACUUUCUCCGAGGGAAGGUGAAGGUCAAGGGGCGCAAGGGGGGACAGCUGCUGCUGCCGCGACUGGGACUGCAGCCACAGUGCCAGAUCCACCAGUUGCAGGUGCUACAACUACGACUGCGACUGAGACAACGGUGACAAACCCGCCAGUUGCUAAAAUCACGGCUGCGACUGCGACCACUGUGACAAACCAACCCCAAGCGAAGUCUGUGGCCUGGGCGCGUGGUGUGGAUGGUUCAGGAUGA